AUGGCUUCGUCAGUGCGUCCCGCAGCCUGCAGCAGCAGCAGCAGCAGCAGAAGCAGCAGCAGUAGCAGUUGCAGCAAUACCGUUGGCAUGAAGCGGAGGCAGCAGAAUCAGCAGAGGCAGCGAGGCUGCAACCACUCAUCAGGAAAAGCAGUUGCAGCAGAAGCAGCAGUACCACGAGCAGCAGCAGAAGCAGCAGCAUCACAGGCAGCAGCAGAAGCAGCACAGCAGAAGCAGCAGCAUCACAGGCAGCAGCAGAAGCAGCAGCAGCAGCAUCAACCGGAGCAGCACAAACAGCAACAAAGGCGGCAGCAAAAACAUCCGAAGAAGGAGCAACAAAAACAACAGCGGUUCAAGCAGCAGACGCAGCAGCAAAAGCAGGAAGCUACGCAGCAGCGGUCACCUCGAGCUGCUGCGCAAGAUGCACCGCUGCUGCGAGCUCAAGCGACAGCGCGUUUGCUUCGAUAA